CGCUGGAAGCGGUGAGGUCAGAGCGCAGAGCGCAGGGCAAGGCAAGGGCGGGGGAAGCGGCGCGCAUUCUUUCGGCGGGGUUAGAGGCAGCGGGGCAUCCUCUGACAAGAUGGCGAGUAGGCAGCUUAGAGCCUGACGGGGAGUUCGCGGCGGGUCCGCCUUGCCCGGGGGCUUAGCGAUUGGCGUUAGCUGGUGGUGGCGCCAGGGCCUACUUUUCCGGAGAGGGGCUGGCGGCCUAGCGCGGGCUCGGUUGUGAGGAGGAGGAGGAGGAGGCGGCCGAGGCUGAGCCGGGCGGGGGGUGCGGGUCGCGGGGAGGCAGGCCUCGGGCCCGCCAUGAAGAGACAGAGCGAGCGCGACUCGAGCCCCAGCUCGGCCCUAGGUAGCGGGAGAGCGGCUAAGAGGCCCCGGGAACGGGAGAGAGAGCGGGACGGCCGGUCCGGCAGGGAGGAAGGUGACACCGGCCGGGGAGGAGGUGGCAGCUACCACAAGGCUGGCCUCAGCGCCAAGCACCCGGGGGGUCGGAGCAGGAGCAGGAGCCGGGACAGGGCAGGAGGAGGGGGGGACAAAUCCAAUAGUAACAACCGCAGGGAAGAGAGAGGGGACCACCAUCACCACCACCACCACCAUGAGACUGCCAGCUCUGCCAGGUUGCCCUCUGCCAGGACUAGCUCUGCCCAAAAAAACAAAGGUGACAAUAGUCGGCCCGCUGGGCUCGAGUACAAGACGCUGGUAAUCAGCAACUUGGGCUCACAGCUGACGGAUGAGGCAGUGGAGGAUGGUCUUUUCCACGAGUUCAAGAAGUUUGGAGAGGUGAGCGUUAAUGCCACGCAUACCCCUGAAGGGGGCCGGCUGGCGUAUGCCCAUUUCCGGCACCACGAGGACGCUAAGGAGGCAAGGCAUGCCAAGGGUCGGCUGGUGCUUUAUGACCGGCCCCUCAAAAUUGAGCCGGUGUACCCCAAGAGGAGGAGUUGUACCCCACCCGAAGUUACUUUCGGAUCUAUCCACACUGGAUAUCAGUAUCGGCAACGAUCCUUGUCACCAGGGGCCUGUGCCCUCCGAGACCAGCGGACGAGACAUGCUAAUUAUCCCAUUGAGGCAGUGCCGCUGGCAAGGGAGCGUGAACGGUCGUUAGACUAUUACGGAUUAUAUGACGAGCGUGGGCGAGCUUACAGCUACCCUGUGCAGGAGGAUGAUUUGAUGCCUGAGGAUGACAAGCGAGCCACAAGAAAUUUAUUCAUUGGUAAUUUAGAUCACAACAUUUCAGAAACUGAUCUGAGACGUGCUUUUGAGAAGUAUGGCAUCAUUGAGGAAGUGGUAAUCAAGCGUCCACCCAGGGGGCAAGGCGGUGCCUAUGGGUUCUUAAAAUUUCAGAAUUUGGACAUGGCACACCGAGCCAAGGUGGCCAUGUCAGGUCGGGUGAUUGGCAGGAACCAUGUUAAAAUUGGAUAUGGCAAAGCCAACCCAACGACUCGUUUGUGGGUGGGUGGGCUGGGACCCCUGACCUCACUCGCUGCCCUUGCACGUGAGUUUGACCGAUUUGGCAGCAUUCGCACCAUUGACUAUGUAAAAGGUGACAGCUUUGCUUACAUACAGUACGAGAGUUUGGAUGCUGCACAGGCUGCCUGUGCUCAGAUGCGCGGCUUUCCACUUGGAGGGCCUGACCGGCGCCUAAGAGUGGACUUUGCUAAGGUGGAAGAUACACGUUACCAGCAGCCCUACCCACAGGCUCCACUUCCAGUCCCCUUUGAACUGCUGGCAGAUGGCUUUGGUCGGCACCGGAGCCUGGAGCGGGAGGCCCGGGCACGUGACCGGACACCACCGCUGCCCCUCUACCAUGAACGGGAGAGGAGCUACUUGGAUGGUGACUGGAGCAGCCCAGCCAAGAACUUGGAGCGCCGUAACAACACUGAUACUGUUUCCAUCCGCAACCGGGACCGCUGGCUGAACGAACGGGAGAAUGACCGCAGUACUGUUGCCGUUAAGCCCUGGGAAGAAAGGCGAAAGCGCCGGAGCCUUUCCAAUGAGCGUGUCCGGCCUGUACUCUCACCCUAUGAGGAGCGGGCGAGGGCCAAGCCUCGGGGCUCAUUGGAGCUGAGCCCGGACAAAAGGAAUCGUGAUGCCCGGGGGGCUGAUGGUACCACUGAAAAGGAACAGAUCACGUCUGCACCUUUGGAGGAUCGGCGUCUGCUCGUUGAGGACAAGGUGCUCUCAGAUGCCCAGGACCCUGUGCAGCUUAAAAAGAAAGACAGUGAGCGCAAUCACAGAACUAAUGAGAUUGAGUCUGAGACUAAAGCAAUUGUGGAUGCUCCAAAAACAGAGACCAAGAAGCCAGCCAAUUUGCUGGAGUUCGCACAGGCACUCACGCUUGCUUGGAACGGUGUCCUUGUGCUCAAGAAUAGCUGUUUUCCCACAAAAAUGUUCACACUCGAGGGUGACGCUGCCAUCACCCAUUCUCUCCUCAAAGAUUCUGCAACGGGUGCGCAGGUGUCACAACUGAAGAUUGCUCAGCGCCUGCGUCUUGACCAGCCCAAGCUGGAUGAGGUGACCCGCCGCAUCAAACAGGGCAGCCCUAAUGGCUAUGCUGUGCUGCUCGCUGUGCAGGCUCCCCAGGGUGCUGAAGGAGGGGACGGGGCUGUGGCUGUGGAGCCUGGUCUUCAGCAACGGCUACUGCGGAAUUUGGUGUCUUACCUGAAACAGAAGCAGGCAGCAGGAGUGAUUGGUUUGCCAGUCGGUGGUGUGAAGGACAAGGAUAAUACAGGCAUGCUAUACGCUUUCCCACCCUGUGUCUUCUCUCAGCAAUUCCUGCAGACAGCCAUGAGGACAUUAGGGAAAGUAGAUGAAGAACAUUUAAUUGUGGUAAUAGUACGGGACUCUGUCUGAGAGACUGCUUCAUCAGGAAUAAAAUAUAACUCUUGUCGGGACUGCCAUUUCAGUUCUAGUGUCUUUGGGACAAUGAUUGCUAAACCAAACAAAUGUGUGUCUGCACCAGAACUUUAGUUGUCUAAUUCUGUACUCUGUUUUUACCAUUUACCAUAAUAGCCCUUUUAUUCCUUUUCAUUGGAAUUUUAGGCCAGUGCUGAACGUUGACCUUUUAUUUGUUUGGUUUUUUUUAAAAAAAAUUGAUUGUAUGAAGAAAAGUUCUGAAUUGUCAGUAAAGCUACGUCUAACGUUGUAUUUUUAA